UUCACCAUCAAAGGAUGAUAAAUUGAAUAAAAAAGAUAAAUCAAACAAUGAAUCAAAUGAUAAAUUGGAUGAAAAAAACGAUAAACCAGACGAUAAAUUAGAUAACAAGAAUGAUACAUUGGAUGGAAAACCUGAUAAAUUGGAUAACAACAAUAUUAAAAAGUUGCUCCUCGGAUACCUAAGAGAAUUUCCUCAAGGCAAGUUUAAUGGUUUGUUGGAGGAUGAUAAUCUGUUGGAUAAGAUGAUAAAUUCAUCUGUGGAACUGUCAGAUCUGCAAAAAAUAGAGUAUCAAAAGAUGAGAAAGUCUAUUAGCAACAUUUACAAGGACGAAGAACGUGACUAUUAUUUUGUUGAUCCAGAUGAUCCUGA